UUCGCCACCCAGAAAUACUUCUCCAUGUAGCGUAGCUGUAGCACAACCCAUGUUUAUGUUGAGAGAAACCAUCUCUGAUAAAGAAACUAGAGAUUAUGUAGUUAAAAAAUAACACUGAGCAGCGUCUAAGGAUAUCUAGCUACUGUUACGAAUGCUGUGCCCAACAAACAUCAGCUAAAGUAACGUUAUAUUAGAGGUUUGGUGUGAUAAAGGUAGCAGUGAGCUAAACUGUUUCAUCACAAACAAACAUCCAGGUAAAACUUUGAAGAACCUUCUCCAGCUGUUUUCAAAAUGGAUGUCAGCAUUGCCGUGACGCUGAUUCGAGGCCAGAUGGGUGCCGUGGUUGAGCGAGCAGUGAACGGAGCGGUGGAGAUGGUGCUGGCUGAGAUGCUCAAAGUGGUCGGAAUCAAAUUUGAGGAGCUGAAAUCCCAAGUGGCGCUGAUGAAGAGGGACGUCACGUUGCUGCAGAGGGAAAAGGCCCAAAAAGAGAAGGAGAACGAUAACAUUCGGGCCAAGCUGCGCUACACCGAGCUGAAGCUGAAGUACUACAGGCAAGGAGUGGAGGAGGAGCUGCAGCAGAGAGCCUCUGCCUCCACUCUGGUCCGCAUCCACCCGCCCAGUUAUCUUCAAACACAGGGAGGUGCUGCAGGUGUUUCCUCCACCGAGGCCUCUCCAUCAUGCUCGUCUCAGAGCAGGACCUCUGAUGGACCACUGAUGAGAAACAAUAAAGGAUGCACCUCUCCACACAGCACGAGCAGGCGUGCCAUCAGAGUGCGCUGUCAUUCAGAUGUGGGAGUUGCCGGCUCUGACACGUCUGACUUGCUGCUGCCCGUCUCACUCUCUGUGAACACACCAACAGAAUCUCUGGACAGCAGUACAGUGUUGUUCUGUACCCCAGAGCGGGACACGGCUCCGAUCAAGGAUCAGGAGGACGACUGUGAGUGGGCCAUCACUCUGCAGUCACAUACAGAAGGUGUGGACGCUGUCGUUGUCCCUCCUCCUGUCCAGGCCCUCGCUGUGGAUCCAGGGCAGCAGUCAGCCGCUGGCUCUCUGUCCCCUGAUGGUUCCACCCAGGCCGAUAGCUCCACUCUGCCUUCCUCUGCUCCACAGGUGAAGCAGGAAGCCCCGGAGCAGCAGGAGCAGGAGGAGGAGGUGAUCUGUAUCAAGGAGGAGCCAGAGGACAUGGAGGAGGUGAUGGCCACCCUUCUGCGGGACUGCCAGGUGCAGCAGGGUCAUCUUGCAGAGUCGGAGGGUCAAAGGUCAGUGACAGAGUGGUCAGGACUUUCAGCAUGCCAGAGAAAUCACACUGCAGCCUUCAGCUCAGCCGGACCAAACACCUAUCAGAUGACUCAGCCGGUGGCCUCCCUGCAGUCGAUGGUAGCUUUGCCAUCCGGCAUCCCACCUCGCCAAGCGGUGCGGCCCUGGACUAAAGACCUCAGUCUUUAUGAGGAAUACAAACUACGCAGGAAUGAGCUCCGCAGGCGAAGCAUCAACAGACGCAGAGAGCUGGAGAAGACACUGCCUCAGCCGCUGCUCGCAGAUCUGGUGCGAGACCGUCGAGAGAAGACCAGACUGAGGGUGGCCAGAUGGAGGGCAAAAAGGAAACUCCAGGCCUGUAUUAAUCAGGAUCAGGCUCUAGGUGGCGCUGCAGGUCUUUCUCAAACCGGCUUCCCCAUCAGCAGCCAGCAUCAGCCGCUCAGAGUGACUUGUGCUGCCACCUCCAGCAGUCAGCACAGACAGAGCUCAGCGCUGCUGCAGUCCAACAGCUUCCUCAACAACAUGUCAGCAGCACACAGCAUCUCUGCCACUCUCCCCUUCAUACCCUCGUCCUCUUCCUCCUCCUCGCCUCUGCUCCUGAGAGGCCCCAACAUGGCUCCACAUCAGCACACAGUGACAGUGACAUCAUCAUCAUCAUCAUCAUCAUCAUCCUCCUCCUCCUCUUCCUACCCCCACGUCAGCCUAUUGCAGCAGAGUAUCUCUCUGACAGACGCAGAUAUUUUGCAGUGACAUGUUUGAGGGCAGAGCUGUGCACGGAGAGAUUUUUUAAGAAUGUGGAUGUCAAAUACGUCGUUGUUGGGGUUCAGGAAAGGUCAAUCAAACAGUCAUCGAAACUUUGGGCUGAUUCGUUGGGCUUUACCGAAUAGUUUGAAGCUUCAUUCAUAACGGUGACGAACGAACAAAUUCUAAAUCAACAGACGAAUGCUGUGCAUAUCUAACGAAAUAUUCUGCUUCGAUCCAUACUUGAAAAACAUUUUCACUGUGGUGAAAAAAACAGUUUGCUCUCUCUCUUGCCGCACAUAAAGGGAGUCACGCACUGACGAGCUAUAUUCAUUAAAGAAAGUUGAUUUAAUAAAAAACGAUUCACUCAUUUAAUGCGAUAAAUCACUUUAUUCCAAUUGAGAAGUUUGUUUGAGGAUUUUUUAAAUAACUUUUUAGGGUGAUAAUGGCAUAAAAUAUGGCAACAGACAUUUGAAGCUUCAUUUGAAAACCUCAAUAGAAGCCCUAUAUGUUAAAAAAAGACAUUCGGUACUGCCCUACUGAUUUCAAUGUGUGUGUGUGUACUGUGUUUUAAUUCAUGAUGUAUCUUCAUCAGAUCAAACUAAGUCGCCUUAUUUCUACCUACAUGCACAGACAAAACAAUCAAAGCAACUGAUAAGAACACCUUAUCUGUACUCUCAUUUUACAUCAGUUACACAAAACAUCCAAUAUCAGUAGAAGAAGGAAACAUACACAUUAUUUUAAUGUGUAUAUGUAGAAACCUUCAAAAGCAAAUCUUUAUCUCUUCUGUACAUGUUCACUGUUGAUGUAUUUUAAAGUGAAAUGUUUGUUUGAUUUGACAUAUAGUGCAACAGGGACAAUUUAUCAUUAUGUUUUUCAGUGUGCAUGUCACCAUAGAAGAAUAUGCCUUACAAGCUGAAUUACACAAGCAGGCAGGUAAUGGCAGACAAGCAACAGGUAGCUGGUAGAAGGAAAACAGGUAAAUCCAAAAUGCUGGUGGCGGGGAAUAAACUAGAAAUCCUAAGCACUGCGAAAACUAGGAAAUAUCAGCUAGAAUGUUACAUACUGGGUGAGAUGCUGAUGAUCUGACACUGAGACAAGGAAAACACACAGGGAAAAGCCUUUGCUGCAGGAUCUGGCUGGUUAUUACCUCAAUGAAGCACACCUGGGGCCGGUGCGGUUGCUGACACAGCUGCUGGUUUGGGUUUAAUUUGCUGCAGACAUUUCACACAUCCAUACAUGCUUACAUGACUGAUUUAAUGACUACCAUGUUUGUUCUGUUCUGUAUUAUUAUUUUGUAAAUAAAUAUGGUUAUUCAUCAUG